CCAAACAAACAAAAAUAGAGCAGCAGAGUAGCGACUAGCAAUAGGGCACCCACAACUAAUAAAAGCCUUCCAGAGAAUUCUCUUCGCUUGCUGAGUUGCUGUGCUGCUGUGAAGUGAACUCGGUUGGAACUCAGCUCCACUGAGCACCGAUCUAGGGUUUUCUGUUGUAGCUUCUUCGCAUUGUUUUCUUCGAUUUUAUUUUCUUUGGUUGCAAAUUUAAAUGGCGAUUGCGGCGCAAACUCCCGAUAUCCUCGGCGAGCGCCAGUCCGGACAAGAUGUCCGUACUCAAAAUGUGAUGGCAUGUCAAGCAGUGGCUAAUAUUGUCAAAUCUUCGCUCGGUCCUGUUGGACUCGACAAGAUGUUGGUUGAUGACAUUGGUGAUGUGACAAUUACUAAUGAUGGUGCUACGAUACUGAAGAUGUUAGAAGUCGAGCAUCCAGCUGCCAAGGUCCUUGUUGAGUUGGCUGAACUUCAAGACCGGGAAGUUGGAGAUGGAACAACUUCUGUGGUAAUUAUAGCUGCAGAGCUACUUAAGAGAGCAAAUGAUUUGGUGAGAAAUAAGAUUCACCCAACAUCAAUAAUCAGUGGAUACAGGCUAGCUAUGAGGGAAGCAUGCAAAUAUGUUGAUGAGAAGUUGGCUGUGAAGGUUGAGAAACUCGGCAAAGAUUCACUCAUCAACUGUGCCAAGACAAGCAUGUCAUCCAAGCUCAUUGGCAGUGAUAGCGACUUCUUUGCGAAUCUGGUUGUUGAAGCAGUACAGGCAGUAAAGAUGACGAAUGCUCGGGGUGAAGUAAAAUAUCCGAUCAAGGGAAUUAACAUACUUAAAGCCCAUGGAAAAAGUGCAAGGGAUAGCUAUCUGUUGAAAGGGUAUGCUUUGAAUACAGGACGUGCUGCCCAAGGGAUGCCCAUGAGAGUUGCCCCUGCCCGGAUUGCUUGCCUUGAUUUUAAUCUUCAGAAAACAAAAAUGCAAAUGGGUGUUCAAGUUUUAGUCACUGAUCCCCGGGAGCUUGAAAAAAUUCGUCAAAGAGAGGCUGACAUGACAAAAGAACGCAUUGAAAAGCUUCUCAAGGCUGGGGCCAACGUUGUUUUAACUGCAAAAGGGAUUGAUGACAUGGCACUGAAGUACUUUGUAGAAGCUGGUGCAAUUGCUGUUAGACGUGUCCGUAAGGAGGAUUUACGCCAUGUUGCCAAGGCUACAGGAGCAACUGUGGUCUCAACAUUCGCUGAUAUGGAAGGUGAAGAAACAUUUGAUCCAUCACUUCUUGGACAUGCAGAUGAAGUGGUGGAAGAGCAUGUUGCUGAUGAUGACGUGAUUAUGAUCAAAGGGACCAAAACAACUAGUGGGGUUUCAUUGAUACUAAGAGGUGCAAAUGACUUUAUGCUGGAUGAGAUGGACAGGGCUUUGCACGAUGCAUUAUGCAUUGUGAAAAGGACACUGGAAUCCACUACAGUUGUUGCUGGAGGUGGUGCUGUUGAAGCUGCCUUAUCUGUCUAUUUGGAAAACCUGGCUACCACAUUAGGAUCUCGGGAGCAGCUAGCUAUUGCAGAAUUUGCUGAAUCUUUAUUGAUCAUUCCCAAGGUGCUUGCUGUCAAUGCUGCAAAAGAUGCAACUGAAUUAGUUGCAAGGCUACGUGCAUACCAUCAUACUGCACAAACCAAGGCAGAUAAGAAGAAUCUAUCAAGCAUGGGUCUUGACCUGGUGAAGGGAACCGUCCGCAAUAACUUGGAGGCUGGAGUAAUUGAGCCUGCAAUGAGCAAAGUAAAGAUAAUACAGUUUGCCACUGAAGCUGCUAUAACUAUUCUUCGAAUCGAUGACAUGAUAAAGCUUGUCAAAGAUGAAAGCCAAAAUGAAGAGGAUUGAGGACUCGCUGUAUAACUGGUCUUGCGCUGGCCAGAGUGAACUAACCGGAGUCUUAGAUAGAUUUGUUUGAUUUGUAUGCAUUUGAGGAAGUUGAUUCUCAGGGAUGGACAGAUGAGCCAGAAUUCCAAAGGUUUAAUUAUAGUAUUUUUGUGUGUUCAAUUCGGAUA